CCGAUGCUCCCUCAUUUUGCUCUUUAUAGUCUCUUUUUAACCCAGUUUAAAUCUUUCAAUUUUUUUCUUGUCAAUUGUCUUUGUUUGUUGACCUGAAAUGGCUCGAUCCUUCACCCUCAACACGGGUGCAGUUAUUCCUUCGCUGGGUCUUGGCACGUGGAAGGCCGAGCCCGGAGUAGUUGGAGAUGCCGUAAUCGCUGCUGUCAAGGCUGGAUAUAGACACAUUGAUUGUGCUCCGGUAUACAUGAAUGAGAAAGAGAUCGGCGUGGCCUUGAAGAAGCUGUUUGAUGAGGGAGUUGUGAAGCGUGAAGACGUUUUCAUCACUUCAAAACUAUGGUCAGGUCACCAUGCUCCUGAAGACGUGCCAGCUGCAUUAAAUUUAACUUUAAGCGACUUGCAGCUUGAUUACGUGGAUCUGUACCUUAUCCACUCACCUUUCCGACUUAAGAAGGGAUACGACACGAAACCUGAAAACUUCAUCCAACCUGAUGUACCUUCUACAUGGAAAGCCUUGGAAAAUUUAUACGAUUCAGGUAAAGCUCGUGCCAUCGGCGUGAGCAACUUUUCUACCAAGAAAUUGGAGGAUUUGCUCGCUGUUGCACGGGUGACCCCUGCUGUUAACCAGGUGGAAUGCCACCCUUGUUGGCAGCAGCAAAAGCUGAGAGCAUUUUGUGAACUCAAGAGUGUUCAUUUCUCUGGUUACUCUCCACUGGGAUCACCUGGUACAGAACGGAUUAACGAUAAUAUUCUUAAAAUCCCAAUUGUAAAUAUGGUAGCAGAGACGUUGGGUAAAUCUCCAGCACAGGUUGCUCUACGUUGGGGGAUUCAAAUGGGCCACAGUGUACUUCCUAAGAGCACAAAUGAGGCAAGGAUAAAGGAGAACUUAGACAUAUUUGAUUGGUGCAUUCCAGAAGAGCUUUUCGCCAAAUUUUCUGAAAUCGAACAGGCAAGAUUGUUUAAAGGCGAUUUAUUUGUUGACCCUCAAAGCUUUUACAAGAGUAUUGAGGAACUCUGGGAUGGUGAACUUUGAGCAAAUACUGUUUGAAUCUGAAUAAAUAUUGAUGCUUUCUUGAGGGCAUUACAUGACCCAGCUUUUAUUUCUCUACCGUAUAAGGUCAUGAUCUGUAAACCAAUAAUGUUCAAUUUAACUAACUUCUAUUGCAGUCAAGUGUGAGUUUAAAUUUUGUAUUUAUCAAAUAUAUUUCAUUCCAGUUUA